AUGGGGGGGAUGGGCGCCUUGCAGCUCAUAACCAUCACAACCAUGACGGUGGGGAAGAUCCUCAUUUGCUCUCUUGUAGGGCUUUUUGUCUCCAAACACUUUGUUGCGCCAGAGCAGAGCGUUAAGGGCCUCAGUGUGAUUUCGGUUUUCAUUCUUCUCCCGUGUCUUCUUUUCUCCAACCUUGUGUUGCGCGUCACCUGGACGGAGUUGCAGCAGUACUACUGGGCCCCACUUCUUGCCUGCUUUCCCACCGCCAUUGGAUUUGUGUGCUCACGGGCAUUUAGGCCUUUUCUUCACCCCGGUUGGCACAGCGUACUUACGUUGGGAUGUACUUUUCAAAACGGCUUGACUUUUUCUUUAGCGAUUCUUUUAAAUAUAAAAGGUGUGUCAUGGUUGACAACAGAAGAGGUGGAGCGGGGAGAAUCAUACGUUUUUCUUUACAACAUCGUCUGCUCUCUUGGACUGUGGGCCAUCGGGGAACCCAUUAUUAGAUCGAGCAAGAAGCGACUGGAGCAGAAACGUCUUUGUAAACAGCAGUUGCAGCAACAAGAGGGGGAAGAGCAAAGGAAUAAUGUGCAGAGGCCGAAAAUGGAGGCCGUCCAUGACACAAUUGUUAUAUACCCGUAUGAGGUGAAUUACUUGCCCGUCAAAAAUGGUAAAUCAGUUGCUGGGGCAAAAGAGAAACCCGCACUAAACGGUGCGGUAGGACACCCGAUUUCUGUAGCAAACAAUCAUGAACCAAAGAAGAUAACAAGGAAUGCGACAAUAGAAGAACAGCUUGAGUGGUAUCGCCCGGGGAACAACACGCCGCCAACUCAGAUGGACGACUCAGAUCAAGCAUUCUCUUUUUUCUGGGAUGUGCUCUCGCGUGUAGGGGCUCUUUUAGAGAGUCCACCGAUAGCUGUCACCAUUGGAUCUAUCAUUAUUUCAUUGGUGCCGCCACUGCGUUGGUUGGCGGAGUCACCCCCGGGUCAGGUACUUAUUGGCGGAAUUAAAUUAAUCGGGGCUGGAGCGAUACCACUUCAGCUUCUCGUACUUGGUUGCACCGUCGCAAAUGCACGCUCCCCUUCUUCCACGAACGAAACAGCCGAAAAGGCAGGCAACGGAGGAAACGAUGAUGAGGACGCCGUGGAUAAAAACAACGGCCUUGAGAAACGGAAAGAGUACAUUGAUUUCUUUCCAGUGUCGCAGUCGACGCUUUUUGCCAUUUUAACGGUGAUCCUACGACUUAUUUUAAUUCCCACAGUCUGCUUUGUAAUGGUCCAUUUUUUACGAAAGGGAGGCGUUAUCCCAUCGGACCGGGUGUUUUUACUCUCCAUGUUGUUGGGGACAUGUGCACCUUCCGCCAUAAAUUCCUCUCUUUAUUGUCCAUGCACGCAUAUAAGGCUCGGCCAUAUGCACAA